AUGUACAAGUCGAAGCUGCAGGAGCUGUCCCAGCAGAGGAAAUGGCGCUUGCCAGAGUACAAAGCCAAAAAGCUUGGCCUCGACCACAACCCUCGCUUCUCAGCCUCCGUCACCAUAAACGGCGUCGCCUUCGAUACGGUGCAAUUCUUCAGAUCCUCCAAGGAAGCCCAAAACGACGCCGCUAGAAUUGCCUUCGUUCACUUCUCUGAUCCGCAACCCAGACAUACCAAUCGCAGUCCCAGCCCUUCAUCAUUCCCUCAACCUUCUCUUCCCGCUGCCUCAGCACUUCCUUCAACAACGGGCACCAAUUUGACUGAUACGCAUGACACAAAACAGACAUUGCAACCAGAGAUUCAAGAAACACAUGAAAAUUCUUACGUGCCAGUUCAGUUCAGUGGUAUAGCAUCAGGUGGCAAUUCUCAGGUGAAUGGCAGCACAUUGGGUAUUGAAGAUGGUAAUCGAUUGAGAGCACUUCCUUCAACAACGGGCACCAAUUUGACUGGUACACAUGACAUGAAACAGACAUUGCAACCAAAGAUUCAAGAAACACAUGAAACUUUUUACGUGCCAGUUCAGUUCAGUGAUAUAGCAUCAGGUGGCAAUUCUCAAGCGAAUGGCAGCAUGUUGGGUAUUAAAGAUGGUAAUCGAUUGAGAGCACUUCCUUCAAUAGCGGGCACCAAUUUGACUGGUACACAUGACACAAAACAGACAUUGCAACCAAAGAUUCAAGAAACACAUGAAACUUCUUACGUGCCAGUUCAGUUCAGUGGUUUAGCAUUAGGUGGCAAUUCUCAGGCGAAUGGCAGCACAUUGGGUAUUGAAGAUGGUAAUCAAUUGAGGGCACUUCCUUCAACAACGGGCACCAAUUUGACUGGUACACAUGACACAAAACAGACAUUGCAACCAAAGAUUCAAGAAACACAUGAAACUUUUUACGUGCCGGUUGAGUUCAGUGAUAUAGCAUCAGGUGGCAAUUCUCAGGCGAAUGGCAGCACAUUGGGUAUUGAAGAUGGUAAUCGAUUGAGAGCACUUCCUUCAACAGCGGGCACCAAUUUGACUGGUACACAUGACACAAAACAGACAUUGCAACCAAAGAUUCAAGAAACACAUGAAACUUCUUACGUGCCAGUUCAGUUCAGUGGUAUAGCAUCGGGUGGCAAUUCUCAGGCGAAUGGCAGCACAUUGGGUAUUGAAGAUGGUAAUCGAUUGAGGGCACUUCCUUCAACAACGGGCACCAAUUUGACUGGUACACAUGACACGAAACAGACAUUGCAACCAAAGAUUCAAGAAACACAUGAAACUUCUUACGUGCCAGUUCAGUUCAGUGGUAUAGCAUCAGGUGGCAAUUCUCAGGCAAAUGGCAGCCCAUUGGGUAUUGAAGAUGGUAAUCGAUUGAGAGAUAUACAGCAUUUGUACAAGAAUCAACUGCAGACUUUUGCACAAAAGAGAAAUCUUCUUCUACCUGUGUACAGUUGUGAGCAGGAAGGUCCACCUCAUGCCAAUCGUUUCAAGUGUAGGGUAACAGUUGAUGAACAUACCUACGAGGGUCAAGAGUUUCUUCCUACAAUGAAGGAAGCUGAACAUGCAGUUGCAAAAAUUGCUUUGAUGUCCCUGUUGCCAAAUGGAAUACAAGAGGAUUAUAUCGGUUUAUACAAAAACAUUUUACAAGAAUUAAUCCAGAAAGAAGGUUUUUCUAUGCCAGUCUAUAGCACAAAGAAUUCUGGCGAAGUUCAUGCGCCAAUUUUUGUUUCAACUGUGGAGAUAGAAGGAGAAACUUUUACAGGUUCAGAAGCAAGAAGCAAGAAGCAGGCAGAGAUGAGUGCGGCAAAGGUUGCUUACCAUACCUUGAGAGAACGUAAGUCAAGUAAGAUCCCUUUGGUCCGGUCCCCUGCUCAGAAGGGGCUAGAAACGCCAGAGGUCUUAUCUUCAAGCUUUCAGUCAAACCUAGCUACUGAUUUACAAGGAGGCAGGCCUAACGCCCCCAUGAUCGUAAGUCCGAGUGCGAUUACUGGGGAACAGACGAUGGAGACUAGUGUAACUGCAGAAGGGAACAGUCAUCAUCCUACCACAGUAUCUUCACGACCUGAUGCUCUUACGACAAGCUAUGGAUUCUCGUCUUCUGACAUUCUGUAUGGCCUUGCGCAGGAGUCAAACAGUUCUAGCCUCUCUGUGUCCCGAAAUGGCUCUUCUUCAACUUUGCCUUCUGAUGCCUCCACUAACUUAGCUAUGGACUCUACUCUUGAGCCACCAGCUAAAAGGAGCAUGUAUAACAAGGUUUCUGUUUAUCCAUACAAGUCAGAUAUGAAAUUUCCUGCGGGAAGCACUGUGCUGCCCACGAGUGAUGAAAAGUGGGUUGCUUUGUCGCACAGCUGA